CCGCAGGAGGACGGUAGGGUCGACAGUCGCAUGCUAUCUGAGUACAAAUCGGGAUUGGUUGACGGUUCUCUCGUAAGCCCCACCUACCAGGUGGUCGUUCGAAAGUGUAGUUGUGUAGUUCCUUACGGCGAAACGACGGGCGCUGCUCUCUCUUCACAUAUCCAAUCGCGAGAAAAUCUGAAAUGAGACGUAUCGGUGCGCUAAUAUGUGACGGUUGAGAGAAAACGAGGACCAGGAACGUGUGAGAGGGUGGUUUACGCGCGGGUGCUACCACUUUCGAAGCGUGACGAGGAAAACGGACCGCGUAAAGAAGUGGCAAAGGUGGAGGUCGUGAAAAAGAUACGCGUCGAAAAACGAAAGAAAACGCGUGUGUGCCAGAGCUACGUGCAAGAGAAUCCUCUAUUUCGGGGGGGGGUUGUAUGUCUUUCUCUCUCUCUCUCUUUUUGUCUCUCUACCUUCUUUUUUUUCUUUCUUUCUGUUUCUCUCCGUCUUUACUCGAUUUGUUCCGAGUGAAAGUAUCGUUGCGGCAAGUGUUUUCUCACCGCGUAGUAUGCGCUGUUUCGUAUUGCGGGGUAAUAAGUAAAGGUAAAAAAAGUGCUUCGUUUAACCAACAAGGACGUCAGCUGUGUGCGCUUUUACGAGGGGGACGUGUGCGAGAGAGAACCCACUGUUGAGAGACAGAGAAAUGGCGGCGCUGGUGGCAGGUGUCCAGUAUGGUUUGUCGUCGCACAGUAAUUUUCACGAAAACAAGUCCCUGAUCUUCGUGAAACUCACCGACUCGGCACAACGUGCCAUCGAGGACUUCCUCAGGAAUCGGAACAAGACCAGCCAGAACCCUACUAUACAGUUCCUAGGAAACGAAGGGCAACUCUCCUUUCCAUCUACGCAAUCCAACCAUGGAUCAGCCGGCUUUACGUUCAGUCUUUCUGGCAAUCAAGACAUCGAGGGUCCUCAGGGUGGUUUCGAAUGCAUCCAACAAACGGGCCCUAAAAGCCUGGAGAGUCUUGGCGCAUUGCCGUGCAAAAUGCGGAUACAGGCGAACGACGACGUGUACGAGACAACCAGGCAUCGGAUGGCCGUCGCCGAGGAGAAUAACAAGAACAAAUGCACAAGGGUUAUCAAGGCAAACGGACCGGACAUCGGACGCAAGGUGAAGGUGAAAGCGACCGGAAGGACAAUACCGUCACCAUCGAAUUCGAGGCAUCGGGAAUCGACGAGCAUUCCAACUUCCGGCAGUCAGCCCAGACUGUCUUCCUCUUACAAAUCGGUCACCAACAAUCUGCCGCCAGCCCGGAAUCAGCCGGAGAAAAAAGUCUCUGACAUUAUGCGUAGACCGUUAAAGGAAAGACUUAUUCAUCUCCUGGCUCUGAGGCCAUACAAGAAACCUGAAUUGUAUGAUCGCAUAAACCGUGAGGGUAUAAAGGAUCGAGAACGCAACGUUAUGACGACAAUUCUGAAGCAAGUAGCUUUCAUGAGGGAUAAUACGUAUCAUCUGCACAGAUACGUCUGGAACGAUGUGCAAGAAGACUGGCCUUAUUAUACAGAACAAGAGAAGGCGAUGUUGAAAAGAAGAAAACCUCAAAAUCUUACGCCUCCUGGUUCUAGCGAUGGUGGAUCCAGCGGUAGCGGACAAUCACCAAAUUCCACUCAUCCAGGUUCACCGCCAGCGAUCACAGCGCCGCCGCCAUCUUUGUUGAGCAACAAACGACCGGGCUACUAUCAGGGUAACGAUGGACUGCCAACAAAGAGACCGCGAAUAUCCCAUUACAAGAAGCCAGAGCCGAAUUCCGGAUCGUCGAACGCAGGGGAGAAUGGAAGGACGGCUGGUAGUGGUGGUAGUAGUAACAGUGUUAGUGUUGUUUCCGGUGGAGCCGGUGGUAGUAGUGCUAAUGGUGGCAGUGGUGGUAGCAGCGGUGGUGUGGUUGACAGCUGGGACCAGAGGCAGCAUCAACGUGAUCGUCGUGGCGAUUAUCGGCCUGAAAGAACAACGAACAGUGAUGUGCUUCGCGGCGGCAGCUACGGCACAGGAAAACCGUGCUUGACGCCUACCAGUGACAGUGAAGAGACCAACCAGCCCGGUCAUCGGGAUGGAAUCAUCGCGAACACCGGCACGUCCGGGAACAACGCCACUAGCAACGUGACCACCGGCCAUAAUUCUCAUAAUAGUGUAGCCCAUAGUAAUUCUUUGAGCGCCAGUCGUCAUCAUCAUGCCGGCAAGUCGGCAACGCUUGGUGCCGAUGGAAAUGCUGUACCGGCAGUGGAUUACGUGGGGCGUUCUAUGCCAAGUGCCGUGAGUGAUGGUGGUAGUGCAGGUAGUUACAGUGGUAGUUCGAAUGGAAUACUCGCCGACAGGAGAGACAGAAGCGACAGGAACGACAGGGGUCGUGCUGGCGAUCGGGAUCGUGACUCGAGGAAAAAGAGCAACGGGACAGGCAGUAAUUCCUACAACGAUCUAUCCGCUCCCGAUUACGCCGCCAAUGGAGAUAACACCGUCACUACUUCCUCUUGCGGUCUUGAUCUACCGGAGAGUCCUAAAUCGUCGGAGUACCCGGACUACCUCACGUAUUACACGACAAUAAGCAGCGCGGAACAGAGAAGACGUUACAAGGCAGAAUUCAAUGCGGACUAUGAAGAGUAUCGAAGGUUACAUGCUCAAGUAGCGGAAGUAUCUAGACAUUUCACGCAGCUUCAAGACCGUUUGAGACAGGAAGAGGCCUCUGCAAAUUGGGAUGAAUACGAGGAAAUAAGGCGGCAAAUUCUGCAGGAAUAUGAUGAGACUAAACGGGAUCCUGUACAUACAGAAACGAAACGUCGAUUUCAUUACCUACAUGAAAAGCUUAGCCAUAUCAAGCGGCUGGUACUGGAGUACGAUACGCAGAAUUGUGGCGGCAACAUAAUGACAAGUAGCAGCAACGCCGAUGGUAGCAACGAAAUCAAGGAAAUGGGCAGUUUGCACUACUGACACAAACUGAAAAGGCCGCCUUUUAUUUUCUACCUUUUCUCGGUUGUCGGUACGCUACUGUCUUCGUUGUCGCAGAAUUUGCAUUUUCUCGGCAUGUUCCAAGGCUGAUCUAAACGGUCCACAUGGUUCCUGGGUUCUAUCGCCGAAAACAAAGUCAAGUACUCUCUGAGUCGGGGUUGCAGGAAGAUAUAAUUCACACAUCACAGGAAAGAACCUUCAAGCUGUUGUUAAAAUUUGCGAAAGUCAAAGAUUUCUCUUCUAUAACUGAUUUGUGCGCGCGACUGUGAUGAUCUCCUCGAUCUAUGCCGUUGUGUGAUCGCGAGCGGUCGUUGUGAUACGCUUGCGUGCUACUUUUUAACCAAUGGUAAUCACAUCGAUGAAGGGGCUUUUUUAACGACAAUCGUUACGUUUCGAAGGAGAAGAAAAAAGGAAACAAAAUAAAAAGAAAAAAUAAAAAAAAAACAGAAAUCCAUCCGAAGAGAGAGAAAACAAUGAGGAAAAAGGGCAUUUGCGGAGAGCCAGGUAUAAAUGCGCGAACUGAAAGUACGCAGAGACGUUUUUCUUGAAGAACUUUGUCCUUCAAUAAGAGACAGGGAAAAGAAUAAUAGGAAAAGGCGAAAAAAGAAGACAAUUAAGAAAGCAGUAAUUAACUCUAUAUAAUUAGUUACUUACCGUGCGCACGUCCAAGUGUGUCGUCCAGUUUAAGAGUACGUUAGAUUAAAAAAAAUACCACAAUGCGAAUGCGAGAAGAGGGUCCAAAAGGUAGUAAGGGCUUAUCACGUGCCACGUCCGGAGGAGACUAUAUUUCUUUUUUCUGCCGGAAGGAAAAAAGAGGAAGACUAGCACAGACUGUCCACGAGCUGCCGUGAAUCGUAUAUAAGAUCUGCUGUUCGCCAUUUUCUUUCUUUCUUUCUUUUUGUUCUCUUUUUUCUUUCCGUUUCUCUUUAUUUUUUCCUUUCUUUCUAUUUUAUCUUUGCUCGUUGUCUCGCUGGAGAAGGAGCAAAGCGGUAUUAUUCAUAUUUUUCUGCUAAGAGAGAGAGAGACCAUUUACGCUUCGCAAACCUAAAACGAUUCUUUGUUACUUCUUCGUUCCUUUUUUUCUUCACCACACGGCCCGCUCAUUAAGCCGCGGACAUAGCCGCUGUAUCUUGACUUAGUGAAAAAGAACAUGGCACAACUUGGGAAUCGAUCUUGCAACAAUGGAAAUGAAAUUGAAAAAAUUAAAAAACAUAAUAAAGAAAGGAAGGACGAGAAUACGUUAAGCACUCUUUUUAGAAAUACCUGCCAUAAAGUGAUAUAGCCAAGCGAAUCAAUCGAUCGCGUGCAAUUAACUAUGGCCGCACUUUGCGCUUCGAAAAUCCAUGAAAGAAGCAGGACUGAGAUUAGAAAAUGAAAAUAACAAAAAAUGAAAUGGGCCCCCUGCCCCUUCCAAAUCACGCGAUCGCUCGUAGUGGUUCCGGUUGUGUAUAUCGUACGCUAGGGUAGAUCCGUUUUAUACGAUUUCGAAACUUGUUAGUCAUUGAAAAGGAGAAUGCUCAGCGCCAUUGUCGAUACAAUAAAACAUUUCACACGCAGCAAGAUAAAAAUACAAAAAAAAGAAAAAAGAAAAAGGAUGUAAAUGAGUAAGAAGAAUGGUAAAAUCGAAAUAUUAAAACGAACAGGUUUCAUAUAGUAAUUAUUAAUCGUCGUCGGCGAUAAAUAUAGUAUACAAUGUGUUGUACAGUGUGCGCCACUUUAUUACGCGUACGAAUGAAUACCUUCUUCGUGUAAUUAUUAUUAUUAUUAUUAUUGUGACGAUAAAUACUAUUAAUAUAAUUAUCGAUGCUAUUGCUAUUAUUAUUGUUCGGAUAGUUAGGCAGAUAGAUACGACGCGAAAUGUUCGUUAGAGGACCUAAGGUUACGGAACGAAGGAAGCAAAAACGAUGUUAGGUAUAUCGAGCCGAUGUUUUCCAUUGAAUGUGUAACGAAAGUUUAUAAUGUUAAUGUUUCCAAUGUCUUUUAUCUGUUUAGUAUAUAUUAUUUCGAACGCAUAAGUACGUAGGAGAAAUUUUGAAUAGCAAUUUUAAAUAUGUUCUUUGACGCUAUUGCCCUUUUAGAUUAUACCUUUUGGUUUUUUCUUUCGUUUUUUCUUUCUUUUUUUUCUUUCUCCUCUUAAAUCAGCGCGAAAUUGCCUUUUAAAUUUGUUUUAAAAGACGAGAUAAGCGUCUUUCUGUGUCGCGUUAUUUUGUUUCACAUUCAAUAAGCAUUUGCAGCUACUUGUGAGUGUUUUGUGAUAGGCAAUUGAAGGAGGUGAGAGACGAUGAUAACGAGAAAAAGGACUUGUAUUAAAAGGGCUCGUAUUGAUUCAGUAUACUGCGUAUAUAUCGUCAUUUAUAUGAAUGAAGCAUCGCAUGAUACUGAUGAACCUAUAAAAAUUUGAAUAUUAGCAUAUAGGGUUUUACACUCUUAUGAGAUACGCGAAUUGAUUUUCUUCUAUGUGGUCGAUUAUUUUAAAACACGAGAAACAUUG